UUUUUUUUUUUACUUCAUUUGAUGCAAAGCCAAUACGGUUCAAAAGAGAAAGGACGUCCGUUUAUUAAAAACGGUCAUAUAGUUUACUAUGAAGAUAGAAUUCGAAUCGAGAAUCAUCCUCAAGUGAAUCAAGUCAUUGUUCAGUUUCGAGAAUGGAGAGCACUAUGGGAAUCAACUCAUACUGAUGUUGCUCUUUCAGAUAUACCCCAAGAAUACAAAGAUCUGAUUGCUAUGCUGGCUCAUGAAAGUGAUCAAGAUCUUGACACACUUGCAACUUAUUUGAAUGACUUGUUAUCUCCCUUUCAAAGAAACCCACAAGUCUCCCAUGCAUUCUUAGAAGUCAUUAAACAAACAAUUCACCAAAUGAAUUAUCAAGAGCGAUACGGAUUAGCCAGUAGUGCUUUAUCAUUUGAAGGAGCACCUUCUCAAGUACCCAAAAGACUAUCACUCUACCGAUGGCAAGCAUACACUCUGACUUCACUACCAACAGAGAUACAGACCAUGGUUAACCAACAAAGAGAAAAGAGACGACAAUUUGCAAAAGAAUUGACGUUAGCUUAUCAGCGAUUACCGAUUCAACAACGACUUGAUGUAUUAUUUGAUGACCAUAGUCAGUGGAUAGAUCAACAAGACCCUUUAUUUUCUUCAUUUCAAUACAACCCUCAUGUCAGUAUACCUGUUCGCCAAGUAAGAAAACGACUCUGUUCUAGUUUUGAUACGCUAUUUUAUGUGGGUCUAAAUGAUUCUGUCAAUCUCAAACAACGGUUUUUGGAUGAAUUGUCUGCUUCUGCUAAACAGAAGCGAGGUAUAAAAAUCAAAGUCAAUUUGAGAAAAGUGUUGGAUCAUGGUGUAUUAAACAAACAUGUCAAGAUGAAAUUACUUCAAUUCCAUGAAGAUGUACGACCUGCUUAUUAUGGUACUUGGACAAAAUCCCAUCAACAUGUGACUGGCAGAAAGCCUUUUGCUAAAGACACAGAUGCAUUGGAUUAUGAUAUUGACAGUGAAGCAGAAUGGGACCAUGAUGUAGAUGAUGAAGAUAUUGAUACAUUAGCUACAGAUGAAGAUAGACUCUUUUUUGAUUCAACUGAUGAUGAAGAAGAAGAAGACGAAGAGGAGGAGAUACAUGCAAGUCGUACUGGUACUAUGGCUGAAGAUACAAAAUGGUUAGUGCCUGAAGGUUAUUUAUCUCAAGAUGAAGAGAUGCCUAAAAAGAAGUCAAGGAUUGUCAGUCGUCCUGCUAAAUGGCCUAUUGCUGGUAAUAAGCAUUUCCCCAUGAAACCUGUCAUUCUCGGUCCUUCUUUUGCAUCACAUCAUGAACCAAAAAAUCAUCCGUUAUCUGACUUUCAAUUGCAUCUCUAUAAACCCAUUCAAGAGGGUUAUGCACCCUUUGACACUAGUUCUGCUUCUACCAUACCAGAGACAGUGAUAGAAGCUGAAUCUUCAAAUUCACCUUUGACUAUGUGUUUUGAACUCAACAAGACAAAGCCACCUUUAUUUCAAAGAGAAAUUGACAAAAUAGUCCAGACAAACAAACAAGAAUUGAUAGACAUCAUUUCUGAACAUAAAACCAAGACAAUGAUGGGUUUAGUCGGUGUAUUAAAAUCAAACAAAAUGUUUGAAGAAUACACAACAGCCCAAUUACAGGCUAUGAUUUAUGAUGUUGCUAUUCAACAAAUGCAUGGUACACAUAAGGAAUACAUUUGGUGCUUAAGAAAUGAAUAAACAAAAUAAAUAAAAAGUGGCUUAAAAACUUUCCAUAUAAAGUAACGGAGUCCACG